UGAUUGUAUAAUUCUAAGUAAAGUUGAGUUAGAAGAAGGCUUUGAUCAUCACAUUAUUUUGAACGUUCCAAUCCGGGAAAGAAGAUGAGUUCCAUCCAUGCACAAGCUUUUGACUAUAACGGAUUGCCUGCUGACAAGUCUAAAACUGGCGGUUGGAUACCUGCAGGAUUUAUUUUAGGAAUUGAAUUAUGUGAGAGGCUUUCGACGAUGGGUAUAGCAGUGAACCUUGUCACUUAUUUGGCUGGAACCAUGCACAUGACUACUUCAGCUUCAGCCAAUAUUGUCACUGAUUUUAUGGGCACGUCAUUUCUCUUGUGUUUUCUGGGAGGAUUUCUUGCAGAUUCCUUCCUUGGCAGAUUCAGAACCGUUGCUAUCUCUGCUGUUAUUCAGACCAUUGGAACUGGCCUGUUAGCUCUGUCAACUGGACUGCCAAACUUGCAUCCACCACCUUGUGACACUGCCAAUUCAGACAAGUGCGAGCCUGCUGGUAACUUCCAAAUGGGAGUUCUGUAUCUCUCGCUUUACCUCAUUGCACUCGGGACAGGUGGCUUGAAGUCAAGUGCUUCAGGUUUUGGAGCUGACCAGUUUGAUGAGAGUGAUGAGAAGGAAAAGGCUAACUUGGCCUAUUUCUUCAACAGAUUUUUCUUCUUUAUUAGCACAGGAACUUUAGUGGCAGUUACAGUGCUUGUCUAUGUUCAAGAGGAAGUUAGUCGAGCCUUGGCCUACGGAAUUUGCUCAGCAUCAAUGUUUAUUGCCAUCUUUGCAUUACUCUUGGGAACCAAAAGAUACAGAUACCAAAGAAGUCAUGGAAGCCCCAUUUCUCAUAUUCUGCAAGUAAUCGUAGCUGCCACCUCGAAAAGGAGAAUGAAACUUCCUUAUAAUACAGAAAUGCUAUAUGAAAAUUUUCAAAAUGCAUCAAGAAUUCAUCACACCAAUCAAUUCAGUUUCUUGGAUAAAGCUGCAGUCAUUUCUGAAGGAGAUCAUGUGAAAAAUGGUGUCUUGGACUGCAAUCCCUGGAAACUAUGUUCAGUUACAAGAGUGGAGGAGGUGAAGGCAGUGAUCAGACUACUGCCUAUUUGGGCAACAACAAUCUUAUUUUGGACUACAUAUGCACAAAUACUCACCUUCUCAGUUGAACAAGCAUCCACUAUGGAGAGAUCCAUUGGCGGUUUUCAAAUACCUGCUGCCUCGCUAACUGUAUUCUUUGUUUUAGCUGUGUUAGUCACUCUGGGAGUUUAUGAUCGUGUAGUCAUACCACUGUGGAAGAAAUGGAAAGGAAAAGCUGGUCUCACCAACCUCCAAAGAAUAUCUCUGGGUCUACUCCUCUCUGCUGUAGGAAUGGCUGCUGCAGCAAUAUCUGAAAUGAAGCGGCGAUCAGUGGCCAAAUCUUCCUCUGAAACAUCAGCUCUUCCAGUCAGUGUUUUCCUUCUGAUCCCACAGUUCUUGUUAAUGGGUGCUGGAGAAGCUUUCACAUACACCGGCCAGUUGGAUUUUUUCAUAACCGAGUCCCCAAAAGGAAUGAAAGGACUGAGCACGGGCCUUUUCUUUGUUACGAUCUCACUAGGUUUCUUCGUAAGCAGCUUUUUGGUUGUUAUUGUUCAGAAAGUCACCUCAAGCUUUGGUUCAGGUGAAGGAUGGAUAGGAGACAACAUUAAUAAGGGAAGACUUGACUGCUUUUACGGGCUACUGUCAUUUUUAAGCUUGAUAAAUUUCGGAUUGUACCUUGUUUCGGCUAAGUGGUAUAAAGCUCAGCUGCCUAAGCCAAUUCUGCCGUUAACUUCAGGUAAAAGUUCACCAGAAGAAGAGUGCUAAGGACUACAAAAUGAGAAAAUCUAUGUUGCUUUUUGGCCUUGUAAAUGUAUAGCUUUUUUGGAGUGAGAUUGACUGUUCUAUUAUUUCUCUCCCUUCUUCCCUUUUGUAAUAGAGUUAAUGAAGUUAGUUUUUGUAUGAAAUGUACUUGAAAAUAGAAUGUGUACUAAGAUUAAGCUGUAGUUUUGGUUUUCAUGGAGCUAAUUAAGGAAAAUCUGAACUUGCUCACACUUGUAAAUAUAACAAGUUUAGUCAUUUCAAAUCACUUGAAUGUAA